AGCUGAGAUCCUGCUGAGAUCCUGCUGAGAUCCUGCUGAGUCUUACGCCUCUCAAACAGUGGAAGAAAAAAAAUUUUAUUAUUUUUUUUUGUUUGGUUUGUUUAAGUGAAGUGUGAAGUUUUGAACUAAACAAAAAAGAUAAAAAUAAAAAAAAAAUGUUCUGGCCAGGACUUCUGCGCUGCAUCCUCCUGCUCUCCAUCGCCGGGAUUCUACUCCUCUCUAAUUCAUCUGCGAGGAGAAUCAGAGUCAGAAGACAAAAUAUGAAGGUUAGAAUUAACGCCACUGGUGACACUAUUGUCCUGAAGUUUCUUCGACCCAACCCUGAUAUCAAGCUUGAGGGCUACAUCCUGGGCUAUGGCUCUAGUAUGUUCUCCAAGCAGUUCAUCCAGCUUCCAGAAAAUGGACAACCCUACGAAACAGAGAUUGAUGCUGAACCAAAAUACCUAGUUGCCGUCCAGCCAAUCAAACCCAAUGAUGUGAAAAAACAAUGUACAGGUAAAGUCAACCUGGACAAACCUCUUAACCUGGUGAUUGGGACAGUCUCACCCACCUCAGUGCUGCUAUCCUGGGGGCCAUAUGCGAAGGUGGCUUAUGAGGGCAACAUCAUGAAUGACUGUCUGGAAAACGGUUACUACACAAUCCGCUACAGGGAAAGGAACAGGAAGUGGAUCUAUCAGACUUGCCCCACCAGUGACACGGUCAUCGACAACCUAAAACCCAACACUCACUAUGAGUUUGGCGUCCGACCCAACAAAGACGACCGCAGCGGCGUGUGGAGCAAACCCGUCAUCCACAGCACCAACAUGGGGGACAAAACCAUGAACAGCCCCCUCAAGCCAAGUCAGACCAAGCCUGAGAAGCCAGUGAUGCCUGGACCACGCACAGUGUUUCCACCGCGGCCAGCUCUGGACAACAGGACCCUGUCAAGACUCCAAACUCACACAAAGCCUGCCAUUCCUGGAGCUCCAAAGACAUCUUUUGUGCCUCCUCUGGUAGAGCAGGAAACUGCACUCAUCUCUGGGUCCAAUGAGCCCAAUCAGCCUCAGCUAACACUGGAAACAGACACAGGCAGUCUUGCUAGAAAUGCCUCUUCUCGAGCCGGAGGGAUUUCUCUCCAAUUGCCACGUCUCCUGUCCACUCAACCCCCUCGGCAGACAACCACUGUCAGUCCUCACACCCCCUUCGAAGGCACCCAGAGACUUGGCCUCUCCCAGAGCAAGGCACCAAGUGCCACUCCCAAGACUUAUAGUUCGUCUGGUAAUUCUGGUAAAAACUUUCUGAAAGACCCAAGCUUGUCUGUUCCACCCAAACCAGUUGAUUCAGGCGUAGCAGUGACCAGCAGGAACCGGACGGUUGUGCCCAGAACUCCUUUAAAUCCUAACACCAUGCGGCCCCCUUCUUUCCCCAGGGCCAACGACUCGUUCAGAAGAUAUGGGGUGAACGGACAACAUCAUAAAGGAAUGUCUUUCCCCAAACCAGUCACAUGGUCCAGAGCCAGAAUGGGUUCUUCUCCUCGUUCAACUUUCACCAUCAAUAAAAAGCCUAACCAGGUCGGAAAAGCCAGUAUAAAUGACAAAUUGAUUGACCCGAAACCUGACAAAUCAUCUUUCCUGAAGCCCAAAGCACCCCCUGCGACGGCCAAACCAGUCAAACCCAAAACAACUGCUUCGUCUGUGAAGGCGGCACAUUUUGAAACAUGGGAGAACUCAUCAGCUUUCAGCUCUAUUCCAGUUUCCAAAGUGGACGCCCUGGGCAAAGAGCGCUUCAUUGCUCCUCACGUGGUUUAUAAAACAGACAAGAAACCAGACGAGCCGUGUUCUAUCACUACGUCCCUGAGCUACUUUCCAGAGGAAGAAGGAGGGGAAACCACAGUGACCGGCCCUCCCCGUACAGCCCCGUCUAACCUUACUGUGGUUACAGUGGAAGGUUGUCCAUCUUUCAUCAUCCUUGACUGGGAUAAAACUGACAACGAAACCACGGAGUAUGAAGUCAUCUCCACCACUAAAGGACCUGACGGAGAAAAGGUCUCCAUCCUAACCACCAACCAAACCCACACAGCUGUGGAGAACCUCAAACCUGAAUCCAGUUAUGAGUUCAAAGUGAAGCCAAAGAAUGAACGCGGCGAGGGGCCACCCAGCGAACCAGUGACCUUUAACACAGAGUCUGCGGAUCCGAGAGUGAGCGAGUACGUUUCAGGCAAGGAUGCUAUCUGGACACAGUUCCCAUUCAAGACUGAUGCUUAUUCAGAGUGCAACGGGAAGCAGUAUGUUAAGAGAACAUGGUAUCGCAAGUUUGUCGGCAUCCAGCUCUGCAACUCGCUCCGAUAUAAGAUUUACCUGAGCGACUCACUUACCGGUAAAUUCUACAACAUUGGGGACCAGACAGGCCAUGGAGAGGACCACUGUCAGUUCGUUGACUCCUUCCUGGAUGGAAGGACUGGGACACAACUGCCAGCAGACCAGCUUGAACCUAGACCAGGUUUCUUCAGAGCCGUAAGGCAAGAGCCCGUUCACUUCGGCCAAAUUGGAGGCAAUUCACAUAUCACUUAUGUUGGCUGGUACGAGUGUGGUACACCAAUCCCAGGAAAGUGGUAGAACCCCAAAGUAUGCCUGAAGUGAAAGAAGUAACUUUUAUUGGCUGAGAUGGUCACAUGCUGGUUAUUUUUCACCAAUGACUUGGUGGUGUGUGAUACCUCAACCUCUGACGUCAAAGUCCAAAACAUGUAUAAAGAUGUACAGUUUUGCAGAGUCAGGGACUUAUUAGCAGGUUUGCGUUGUAUAUGAACGAACCAUGCCUCGCUGUCUUAUUUAUCACUAUUACACAUCAAGCUAGGGGGGAAAAAAACAACAAAAAUAGAAUAAGGAACCAUAGUAAGCAGUUCAUGUAAGUCAUAGAUGUUUUGAAAUACGACUUUGAUUUAAAUAUUGGGAAGCUGGCUCCCUAAAAAUAUUUUGAUAUUUUGUGUAAUAUUAUAUUAAUUAUUAUUAUUGUGUAAAAAUUGCGGUGCCUUGUUUCUGAGUGAGAGGGACUGGACGGUCCAAUGAGUGAAAUAUUUUUUCACACUCAUUAAAUUCAUCAACUCAUCUAUCCAUCAACCCAUCAAUCCAUUUAUUCAUCCAUCCGUUGAUUCAUUCCUUACCUCAUUCAUUCAUUAGCAUACAUGUUACAUUCAUCUAUCAUGUUUUUCUUCCUAAGCCCUGCUAUAGUGGGGGCCCCAGACUGUAAAGACCUUACACUUGCAAUUUGCACAGCAUAAAUCUAUUUAUAUGUAUAUGGAGAGAAUAUUUUUUCAUUAAACCUAUAAACAAAAAGGGCUUCUUCAAGUUUUUGAAGCACCAAGUGAUGCUUCUUUCAGUACAAAGCCCAUCAAAUGGGUUUGCAGCCAAAAAAACUGUUGCUCAUGGCACGCAGGCACAAGUAUGUUUUGUACAGUAAAUACUUCUACCCAUUCAAAGGUCACUUAAAGUGUAUAUAUAUAUAUUAAAAAUUGAGCUGUAAAAGACUGUAAGAUUGCAUUGUUGAUUUGAAACAAUGUUCUAAUGUAUUAUUUUUCAGUAAAAAGAAAACCACAGAACAUUUGGUUUCCCCUUUUUUUAUAAUAAAAACAACUCUUUGAUGA